AUGAGCUCAGAUGAAGGGCAGUCGCGUCAAGUCAGGCUGGUUGGUGCCGUUGCUGGCAUGGGCAGCGGUUUGACUAAAGUUGCUGUAGGACACGGGUUCGACACAAUCAAGACGCGCAUGCAAUGUUCACCCCCAGGCACAUACCGUAGCGCAUUUGAUGUCCUAUCCAAGAUCGUCAGGAAUGAGGGAAUUUUUGCCUUGUACAAAGGAGCCACUCCUCCUGCAGUUGGAUGGGCUGCAAUUGACUCGCUCCUCCUUGGCUCUCUCCACAACUACCGGCUAUUCCUUCUCCGAAAUGGCAUGACAGAAACAUCGCCUUCUGGUGCUCCUCGACUGACGUUACUGGCUCACGGAGUUGCGGGGCUGUUUGCCGGUUGGACCAGUGCUCUCGUCGCGACCCCAGUAGAACUGCUUAAAGUCAAACUCCAACUGCAGUCACAAAAACAUGCAUCAGACCGCCAAUUCAGAGGCCCCAUUGACUGUGCCCAGCAAAUCGUCCGCGUGCAGGGCUUUGCUGGGCUGUGGUCAGGGUUCACAGGUAGCCUUGCGUUCAGAAGCAACUUCUUCUGGAUGUUUCUUUCCUUUGAGGUCGGGAGUCCUCGCCAACGUGGAAUAACCAUUCAACCUUACUGA